AUGGACUACGACGACGAUGCUCCCCCGGAUCUCAUAGAGACCAACGAGGUCAUACUCGAGGAGGAGAAGCCAGUCAAGGUUCCCAUUACCAUAGUAACAGGCUACCUUGGAGCGGGCAAGACCACCCUCUUGAACUAUAUAUUGACUGCCCAGCAUGGAAAGAAAAUUGCCGUCAUCAUGAACGAGUUCGGAGACUCCCUGGACAUUGAAAAGUCCCUCACCGUAAACAAGGAUGGCGAGUCAGUCGAGGAAUGGAUGGAAGUUGGCAAUGGCUGCAUCUGCUGUUCGGUGAAAGACACCGGAGUGAAUGCCAUCGAGUCCCUAAUGGAAAAGAAAGGAAAGUUCGACUACAUCUUACUCGAAACCACCGGGCUCGCAGACCCAGGGAAUCUUGCACCCCUCUUCUGGAUGGAUGAUGGCUUGGGAAGCACCAUCUACCUCGACGGCAUUGUGACGUUGGUGGACGCCAAAAACAUCCUUCGGAGCUUGGAUGAUCCAGCUGGCAAGGUUGAGGGACACGAAGAGACCGAUGAACAUGGGCAUGGGCCAGUCAUGACGACCGCUCAUGUCCAGAUUUCACAUGCUGAUGUCAUCGUAAUCAACAAGUCAGACCUGGUCAGCGAGGACGAGCUGCAGGCCGUCCAGGACAGAAUCACGUCCAUCAACGGGCUCGCCAAAAUCCACAUAACCAAACAGAGUGUGGUUCCAGAAUUGGAAGGAUUCUUGCUCGACCUGCACGCUUAUGACCGCGUGGAGGAAUUGGACAAGCCAAGUCUGGGCCAUAGCCAUCUCGACAAGACGAUAUCAACAUUAUCUAUUCCUCUACCGGUCCUGACAUCAGCACAAGUCGAAAAACUGGAUGCUUGGCUGAGGUCGGUUCUUUGGGAGAACAUUCUUCCUGGACAUGAGAACGCUGCUGACCGGCCAGCUUUCGAAAUCCAUCGAUUGAAGGGUCGGUUGGUGCUCGAGGACGGUAGCGAGAAGAUAGUUCAGGGAGUAAGGGAAAUCUUUGAAAUUUUCGAGGGCCCAGACAAGAGUCAGGGUCAAGCUGCGGGUAAACUUGUGCUCAUCGGGCGUCAUCUAGUCGAUUUCGACUUCCCAACAAGCCUCCAGAAAACUGUUGAUCUUGCCAAAAGCACCUAGCCGUCAGGCACCAUAUCAUAGAUGUAGGAAAUCAGAACGGAAUCCUGACGAACAUUGCCUCAUACGCGUCAGACCGGUGAUGAAAGUCUUAAUAUUGUUUAUACGCUGUG